UUUUGACAUCACUCACUGAUAAAAGGUUUUUGAAAUCCGUAAAUAGUAUGAUUAUAUGAAAAUAAAACUUCAGAACAGAACAAUGAUGAACUGCCGGUCAAAAUGAUUUGUUUUUCUUAUAGUAUUUUAUUCUCACGUAUUCUCUCCUAAUACAAUCUAUCGUUUAAUAAUCAUUAUAUUAUACUUAUCUAUGCAUUAUUCAGUAAUAUAAUAGUUAUGGCAGUUACUCUCUACGAAAAACUUAUGAAAAAUGCUCAGCCGUCACAGUGGCGAAAAAUCGUCGCUGAAAAUUUAGACUUGGAUUAUUGCGAGAGAUUUCUAACAGCGACUGAGAGUGUAGCUCUGCUAAAUUACAUGGAAGAUAACGUAAGUUACUUUGACGGUCGUCUGUCGCAGGUGAAAGUCUUUGGACAGUAUUAUCCCAUACCCAGGCAGCAAGUAGCUUUCGGUGACACAGGCAUUAGUUAUAAGUUUUCUGGUACUAUCAUACCAGCGCAACCAUGGCCACAACCGCUGUAUGAUCUGAAAAAGAAAAUUUACACCGCACGUGGAGUUGAUUACAAUUUUGUCCUAGUCAAUAGGUAUAAAAAUGGAGAGGAUCAUAUGGGUGAACACAGAGAUGAUGAAGUAGAAUUAGACAAAACAAUACCCAUUGCAUCUGUAUCUUUGGGGCAGACAAGAAAAUUUGUGUUUAAACAUACAGAUGUACGAAAGAAAAUAAGACAAGUAGAACUUAUAAAAUUAGAUUUACAUAAUGGCAGUCUUUUAAUGAUGAAUCAGCCUACAAAUGAUUAUUGGUUUCACUCGAUUCCCAAAGAAAAAAAAGCAAAAAAUGUUAGACUGAAUUUUACAUUCCGUAAAAUUAAAUAAGUUUAUAAAAAAAAUAUUUUAUUUUACUUUACUUUACUUUACUUAUUUUUAAGAUAUUCAGCAAAUAUAUAUAUUUUUUUUAACUAACAUCAAUCAAAAUAAUUUUUUCUUAACAUUAAUUAGUACUAAGUUGUAAUUAAAACAAGCUCACUCUAUUUAAUGAAUCUAAAAUAUAUGAAAACAGUUAAUAAUUAUGUAGGUUAUUAAAGUGUAUAAAUUAAAAACAUUAAAAUUCCAUAUUUAUUUUAUAAUUAAAAAUUAAAAUUAUAAUAUUGUAUUUAUUGAUAACAUUUAAAGAAUAAUAAUUAAAUCUUACAUUAUGUUUGAAUGAAUAAUGCUUGUGGAUACUGUAUAGAGAGUAGUUCAGUAUGUACGUUCAAUCACAUUUUUUUUUUAUUAUUAGUAUUAUUAUAUAAAUUAAUUUUAAGUUUUUAAAGUUUUUAUGUUUACUUAAAGACAAUGUUUUCGUUAAUAUAUUAGUUAAGUAUA